AAUCCAUCAUAGGCAUCUAUGGAUUACAUCAAGUCAUACAAAUAGAUUGUUAUCCAUUGAUCAUCUCACUUGUGGCCGAUGCAACAGCUAAUACAGGUCUCUUUCUAGAUUUUGGUGAUGAGUUACAAAAGAUGGUAGAACCAAUGGUCGCAGCGUUACAAGACAAGCAUUGAAAAAGGACUCGCAUCCGUCGGGCACGCAUCAUGGACCAAAAAAAAUCGACCCACGUUACUCAACACUGGCUGUGCAUGCAUAUGCUUCCACUCGUUUGCGUAUAUUUUACGACGGGGAGACUUCUACAGCUGCUAUCUCGCUUGUUUGAUAGGUGGUCAUUUUUACCCAAUCCAUACUAUAACCUUCUUAUUUUUGUCAUUCUUUUAAUUAUUCAUCACAUAAAGAAAAACCACCAGCGUCAUAUAUUGAUUCAAAUCGACAAACAUGACCGUAAAAAAAAAAAAACAAGUGCUUACACUUCAUACUCCUUUGGGAAAAAAAGCAGGCGUUGGAGGAGGAAACUUUCGCUUCGAAUUCCGCAAGGGAAUGACACAGUGAAAGUGGGGAUUGAAAGAGACGGUUCUAGAGAAAUUUAUGGUAUAUGUCGUGUGAUCGUUUCAAGUGGAGAAAAGGCUAUUAAUGUUGCUGGGAGUUGGUUGUAACUCUGCUCGCCACUGGUUCAUGCUAGGGUUGUACAAGUGCCAGUGUAAUGGUACUGCAUACUGGUUGAUACCGACGGUACAUCUAGGUGGUAGUGUAUCGUGGGUAUUUAUUAAGCAUUACAGUAAAAAAAUAAACACGUACAGGCAUCUUCUAGCAAGUUAGCUUGACGAGCGGAAAAGCAAGAGGCUAACGACAGUGACAAGAAGGCGGGC